GUAACUAAAUUUGUGCUGCAUCUAGUUCAAUCUACUUUUAUAAUAUACGUUUGCAGCAAGGCGCAUACAUUUUUCCACAAUGCCGUAAUUAAUUCUGCCUAAAUAUUCCUCCCUAUCAUAAAAAUCGUCCAGUAAAUUAUCCGCACUCUCAUAUUGUUCAUAAAUACUGAAAAUCUAUCCGAAAAUGUGAAAAAAGUCUGAUAUUUAUUUUCCCCUUCCACAUCGCGUGGCUUGCUUGUGGCUUCCUUCGCGCAUCUCCAGUCGUUUUCCCGAAAGAAAAAUGGCUACCAGCUGUCAUUUAGUGUUCGAGUGUAACUUUUAAAAAGACAAAUUUAUUGAAACAAACACCACCGACUCGUUCGGUGUAACUCAGUGCAAUCAAAUAAUAUGACAGUGAUUGAGAAAAUCGGCACUCUCGAAAGAAAUAUUCCCGUUUAAGUCGAGAGUACCAUGAUUUAUAAUCCUAUUUCGGUGUUUACAAUCGUUUUUCUGAUGCGCGAGGGAUUCAGUGCAUUCAUAAAACGCGAAUAAUAGUUCAAAGUUCUUAAUUUUUCGGUUUUCAAAGUUAGUUUGAGUGAACUAGUAGUGAUCAAUAAUUGUAAUCACAACGUGAGGCAAGAGUUCAGAAUCCCUCCCUCGCCUCCUUCCUGGUCCUUCCCCCUUGAUUCAACGCAAGUCAACUGUCUUCUGGUGCUCAUUUCUCCAACACCAAGCAGACAUGGGUUCGAGUCAACAGUUCUCCCUGAGGUGGAACAACUACUUAAAGCACAUAACUUGUGCCUUCGACACCUUAAGAACUGACGAGGAUCUUGUCGAUGUAACAUUAAGUUGUGAGGGAAAAAGGAUCAGGGCCCACAAAAUGCUCCUAUCAGCCUGUAGUACAUAUUUCAGAGACUUAUUUAAGGAAAAUCCUUGUCAGCACCCAGUCGUCAUUUUUCGAAACGUCAAGUUCGAUGAUCUAGCAGCUUUAGUGGACUUUAUGUAUCAGGGAGAAGUGAACGUAGUUCAAGAGCAGUUAGCUAGUUUUUUAACGACAGCAGAGCUGUUAGCAGUUCAGGGUUUAACAGAUGGUAGCGGGAAAGAUAACGACAGUGUGGUUGAGGACGAUAUAGAAAUCCCGAACGAGCCGGAAGUACAACUUCAAAAUGCCUCUGGAAGGAUCACGACAAAUAGCAAAGGAAGCAAGUCUCCCUCGUCGCCCGUCGAGUCACAGUCACAGUCAGAGCCUCCACCCACAAAGAAAAGAAAAUUUCGAGAGAACUCGAACGCAAACACAGAGAAGGCAGCGAACGCGAAGGAAGAGAAGACGGAGAACCAAAAAGGGAGUUCCGAUCCUGUCGAAAUCAUACCCCUCAUGCCAAAUCUUAAACUAGAAAUGCCCGAGUAUUUGGAGCAAGAUGGAAGUAGUUGUAGUUACGAGGAGAGUGCUGGCGAUUCCACCAAAAUGGGAAUCGACGAGACAACUUCCGAAACUCCAGACAACGAACAAAAGCCGGACAUCAGUCAAACCUUUUAUUCGAAUCAGUCCGCCUCUGACAGUUUAGAUAGGAAACCGGAUAUAAGGAACUUGCUUUCGAAACCGGGCACGUCAGGAGAAAGGUCGCAGGAAUCAGCACAAGACUCACAGUGCGUACCACCUGUUGGGAAUCAGCCUCUCGCGAGACCUAUGCAUACCACCUACGAGGUCAGAAGAAGAACGCGUCCUCGACAUGAUGAAAAUGGAAGGUGGAUCUGUGAUACUUGUGGGAAAACCUAUAGUCGUGGAGAUUCCCUCGCCCAUCAUCGCAGUAUACACAGAGGAGAUACAGUCUGUCCAAUUUGCCACGCAGUCUUCACUCGCAAGUACACUAUGAGAUGUCACAUGGUUAAUGUUCAUGGCAUCAAGUAAUAAAAGGAAUAUAGGACCCUCAGUGCCAUUUUUUAAGGACUUGAUAUUAUACAAUAUACGCCAACUGGUCCUGAUGCCAUUAUUUCGCUUCUAUUCUUAUCUCGGAUUUGCAAACAGAAUUUAUUAUCUCCAAAGUCACAAAAAAGCCACAAGACGGCGAAUUGGAAUUUCACUCCUGGUGUGCAAACUGUUUUUCGAGUUUAUUUUCAAGCUACUCACUUAAAAUUAACUGCUUCUGCAUCUGUAGCCUCGAAAAUUGUAUUCUAACCAAACGUAAACCGAUCCUAAUUUGGAUGUGAUUUAAUCCCAGAUCCUAGAAACUGGAAUUUAGAAAGAUUCUAAUUUCAGAGUGAUCAGAUUUUAAAGUAAAUUGGAUCUUUACCAAAUUUAGGUUUGAUCACUUUCAAAAAUGUUAUUCAACGAAAAUUUAAAACCACCCCAAUUCGGAACCCUUUUCAUUUUUUUAUUUUAAAGCUAGUAUCUUAUUUUGUAAAGCAUUCGAAUAAAAAGAAUAUAAAUUUCUAAUGACUGAAAGAAGGUAAAAUUUCCAAAUUUGGAUGCCAUUAUAUUUUGAAGCCUUCGAUUAAAAAAUAUCUCAAAUUUGGAAGCGAUUUCAUUGAAAGUGUUGGUAUUUACAAAUCUUUCGAAGUGAGAAGCAAGACGUUUUUUCAAUUCAGUAAUUUAAAAGCGUUCAAAUUUUAAAAAAUUUAAAAGUUUUAAAUUGAGUUUGUUUUUGAAGACUGUCAACAUUUUCCCAGCGUUUCUUGUUUUUUUAUUUGAAGGGUUUAAAAUUAACCUAUAAACGAAAUUUAAGUUUGCAUUCCACGCCGUUCAGAAUUAAAUUUUCUAAAUAAAUUUUCUAAUGUGAUUUAUGAAAUUCAGAUUUGAUGCUUUAAAUAAUAUAUCGAAAGCUUCUAUUUAUGUUUUUGAGAUUUUGUAUAAUUUAACAAAAUGCAUUAGAAAUUCAAAAUAAUCGACGAAAACCUCCUUUUAUAAUAAUUAUUAUAAUUUGUAAGUUUAUAAAUCCGAGAUAAUAAAAUAGCCUCUUAGUAUCUUAAAACAAAACCUCUUAAUUGUCUAGAUCUAGACACAAUUCAAAAUUGCAAGCUUCAAGUCUAGAAAUUAAAAUUGUUAAAUAUAUAUCUCUAUGUAUAUAGUUUCAAAAUAUUGCAAAGCCACUUUAAUAAUCGCAUGUUAAUUAUGUGAACAAAUUAAUUUAUAAUUUAAAAUGUUUCUAGUUUGUAAUUAUAAUUAAGACACAAAUAUAGUUCUAACUGAAAGUUUUCUUACAACAUAUGAAGGCCAUUAUUAAACGUAACAAAACUUCUCGAAAAGUCUGAAUUUACACAAUUCAAGAGGUGCCAAUGCAUUCACAGAAAGUAAUUUUAAUCCCAAUAAUUAUAUUUAUAACGCCAUCUUCGAAUCAAAUCAUGUACAUUUGUUUAUUUAUAUACAAUUUUACUGUACAUUAAUUAUAAGGCAGACCUUUUUUAUACUCUUUUUGCAGAAUGUUUUUUUACAUUCAAGUUGCUUUUGAAAUUUCGAAGUCGAUUUUCCUUGACAAUUCUUUCUGAUGAAACAAAAAUUAUUGUAAAGAAUUUAGAAACUUUGUAAGAAAAGAAACAGGUCAAUAUCAUCACUACAAAAGAGUCGAUGAUUCUUCAAAAAGAAAAGGAAAUAAAAUUUAUGAAACAUUAAA